UGUAACGAGUUCACUACCCAUGUUAUGAAUCUGUUGAGGGAGCAGUCUCGCACACGGCCCAUCUCACCGAAAGAGAUCGAGCGCAUGGUCAACAUCAUCCAUCGCAAAUUCAGCUCCAUCCAAAUGCAGCUUAAACAGAGCACCUGUGAAGCAGUCAUGAUCUUGAGGUCCCGCUUCCUCGAUGCCAGACGGAAACGGCGGAAUUUCAGCAAGCAGGCGACCGAGAUCCUGAACGAGUAUUUUUACUCACAUCUUAGUAACCCUUACCCCAGCGAAGAGGCCAAAGAGGAGCUGGCUAAGAAGUGCAGCAUAACAGUAUCCCAGGGGGUGGGAACCACCAUCACAGUGGCACAGGUAUCCAACUGGUUCGGCAACAAGAGGAUCCGCUACAAAAAAAACAUUGGCAAGUUCCAGGAGGAGGCCAACCUGUAUGCCGCUAAGACAGCCGUGACUGCCGCGCACGCAGUAGCUGCCGCCGUACAGAAUAGUCAGACCAACUCACCCACCACACCCAACUCCGGAUUCCAGAUGAAAGAUGAAGAAUUUCAGCUGGACUCUGCAGAGAACAAAAACACUCUAUUAACCAACAUGUUCACUGGUUCGUCAGGUUCUUUUAACCUCCCAAACUCGGGGGACUUGUUCAUGAGCAUGCAUAAUCUGAAUGGGGAUUCUUACCAAGGGGCACAAGUCGGAGCCAAUGUGCACUCACAGGUGGAUACCCUGCGCCAUGUUAUCAGUCAGACGGCAGGAUACAAUGAUGUCCUGGGGGGGAAUCUCAUGUAUAGUCCACAUAGCUUGAAUGGUAAUGGGGGGUGGCAGGCUGCUACGACUCCAUCCUCUGUGAUCUCCCCUGCAGAAGGCCCUGGUAGUGUGCACUCUGAUACCUCGAACUGAUCUCCUCAUUGACAUGGAUCCUUCCCAAGCUGUGGACAACCAAUCACAGAAUUACAAAUCCACAGACUGACCAAUCAGAGACACAGUAUAAACUCUUAACGCUCAUCCAGAAACAUCAUCAUGGAAUCAUCCACAGUACCCUUCCACAGCGUUUUGGAAGCUGGAUAUUUCCUAGCCGUAACAUCAGUCCACUGCAGUUUUUACUAACAAUCUCUCCUCCGAUCAUAUUAAACAAUUAUGUUUUGUUUCUUUUAUCAUUUGAAGUGUGCAAACUCAAAAUGUAUGUUUAAAAAAUAGUGUUUUUUUUUUCUUUUUUCUUGAGUUUAUUACUGGUCAUAACCCUCUCCAUUGUGCUAACUAACUGUCAGCAAAGCUUUAGGAAUACAUCUGGUACUGUACUUACAAAGUAUAUUCAUAUGAUGCUAACCGAUGCAUUUAACAGGGCUAAAUGCUACAGAAGGCAGCUUGGGGGAUUAAUUGCUGAUAUUUUUUUAGUUUUAUUAAUAUCUCACCUAGCAAUGACUAAAACAAGACCACCUAUAGCAGGCAAUCCACUCCAUUUUGGGGGGUGAUUUUUUGAAAUACCUGGCAAUUAAUGUCUUUUAAGAAAAAAAAACACACAAAACGUAAUCAAUAUUCAGUCCACUACAAUUAUUGAAGGUAAGUGUAGAAGAUGGGAAAAGGAAAUAUGGGUCAUCUUGUUGGACGCGCUUCUGGCAAUUUUCCAUUCAAAAACUUUCUUGCAUAUGACAUAGUUUGAGAGUAUUCAUACAUCUCACAAAUAAAUACUCCGCUUUAUUACCUCAUUGAAAAACAUAGAAAACCAAUAGAUUUAAAACAUUUCUUUAGCUUAUAGCGCUCUCACUGACUACCUCUCAACAAAAAUCACCACAACCAUCGUUUUUGUCUUUUAUUUUCUGUCAUUCUUUUUUGUGUCUUUUUAAAAUACAUUUUAUACUUUUGUUAGAUUCGGUUCCAUCUUGUAUGAAAUUUGCUCUCUCUGACUCUCUCUUGCGCUUUAUGUAAUCUAAUGUAUAUUUUAACCUUCUAAGAAAACUUAGUUGCUUUGUUGCAACUUUUAAAAAGAAAAAAAAAAACAAUAUUAAUAAUAUGAAUAAAACAGAGAGUAUGGAGAGUACAGUGGCUGGUGGAGGGGAAUUUUGUGCUGGAACAGGGAGGGGGAAAUACGAUCAUAAAAUUAACAGCAAACAGUUAAACUGUUGUAAAUACUGAAGAACAUUUUGAAUGUUGCUCAUCUUGUUACUAAUUCAUGCAAAAAAGACAUAAAAAAAAAUUAUAAACAAAAACCCAUGAUGAAAAAAGAAGAAAGAAAGAAAACCUGUAAUGUAUAGAGGUUUCAGUAUUCAGAAUUGUACAUUACAAAACCCUGUGUGACAGGGUUCUAACUUUCCUUCUCUUCUCUUUUUUUUUUUUUUUUUUUUUUUUGUAUCGUAUGUGAUUCUGAAACUAAAAAAAAAAAAAAAAAAACAGUCAUACAAAAUUUAUUUGUGGCAGUGGUUCUAAUGUAUUAAAGAUGUUUCAUUUUUCUUUCUAACCAGACUACACCCUGGACUGAAAAGUCUUCCUUGUGGUAGUUAUGUGUAAUUUCGAUGAAUAAAAUGUUUUCCUUUCAUUGACAGUCUGUUUUGAUAUUGCCUUAGGUACACUUGAGGAUAUUAUAAUACUAAUAAAAAUAUUUUUUAA